AUGGAGUGCGUGCAGAAAAAGUACGAACCCACAGCAGUGCUUCACAAAGGGUCCGAUAACAGCUCCGUGGUGGAGAGAGAUUUUCACUCCCCCGAUUCGUACGAGCAUGAGGACGAAGAAAUGAUCGACAUCAUGGACGUUUGGAAGGCGAACUACGCGCUUCAGGAGUCACAGCUUCAGUCACUUCAGCACAUGCAGUUCCACGUCGAGUAUCCGAGCACAUCGUCGUCGUCGUCUUACGCGGAUGACAACUGCAACACCGUGGAGUACGACGACGAGUCGGGCACGCCGCACCCCCACCACUCGGUCACCGAGGUGAUCCGGACGGCGGUCCAGAAGGCGGGCUGCCAGCUGCAGGAGGAUAAACGGCGCGUCUCGCGCCAGUUCCUCACCAACUUGAACAUCGCUCAACUACAAGUUAUUGUUAACGACUUACAGAGGUAUAUAGAACUGUUGAAUGACGAGCUGGUGCAGCUGCUGAUGGAGCGCGACGAGCUGCAGAUGAGCCAGGACGCCACGUUGAUCGAUAUAGAAGAUUUGUCGCUUUACUUUUCCGAAGAGAUGAUGCAAAAUAAACACCCACGUAACUAG